UUUGCAGGAACGGGAGUCACUGAAUCCUUUCCGCUGACCAGAAUCAACGCUUUCCUACCAAAUUUCAUCCAAAGUAACUGAUAAACUCUACAGAAAGGAAGAAGCUUAUCUUUUUCUUGAAUACGUACUGCGUAUAUGGCCGUCCGCUUCAUUUCCGUCCCACGCUUCCCCUGCAAAUCAGCUUGUGGCACAAAAACUUGGCCAGUUUCCCCAUCCUCUCCCACGCAUUUCAUUAAUCUUAAAAAGACACUAUUUUUUGCUGGUUCUUCUAUCGAUGCUUCAAAUUCCAGGAUGACCAUGGGCAUACCGGCAAUGGUUUCAGAGAAAAAAUCGGUGGACUCUGGCAUUGAUUUCUUCAAAUUGACUUACUUAGAGGGAAAUAGUUGGUUGUGGGAAGUAGGAGGGGUGAAAAUAUUGGUGGAUCCAAUUUUGGUAGGUAAUUUGGAUUUUGGAAUUCCAUGGCUUUAUGAUGCUGCCAAGAAGUUUUUGAAGAAUUUCCAGAUUAAUGAUCUCCCAGAAGUCGAUUGUAUACUGAUUACACAAAGCCUUGAUGAUCAUUGUCAUCUCAAGACCUUAAGGCCCCUCUCUCACAAGUCACCAAAUGUCAGAGUUAUUGCAACUCCUAAUGCGAAGUCCCUGCUGGAUCCCCUUUUUAAGAACGUCACAUACUUGGAACCUGGUCAGGCCUAUGACAUUGAAGCAAGCAAUGGCUUUAAAGUUAAUGUGAAAGCAACUGCCGGGCCAGUUCUUGGUCCUCCUUGGCAAAGACCUGAGAAUGGUUAUCUCGUAACUUCUCCACACGAUGUGCUUACUUUAUAUUACGAACCACAUUGUAUAUACAACAAGACCUUCUUGGAGAAAGAACAUGCAGAUAUUGUUAUUACUCCUGUUAUAAAGCAAAUUUUACCAAGCUUUACAUUGGUUUCUGGACAAGAGGAUGCCGUUCAGCUGGCAAAGCUUCUCUCUGCCAAGUUCAUAGUAGCCAUGAGAAAUGGUGACCUUGAUAGCACAGGAAUUCUUUCUCGUAUUGUCAAGGCUGAGGGAACGAUGGAAUCCUUCAAGGAUAUUUUGUCAAAGGAAUUGCCAUUUGCAACGGUCCUUGAGCCUACACCCGGUGUGCCUAUGGAUAUAUUAAUCCCUCCCAUAAAUGAACAAUCCUAAUCAUGGCAUUACCCGUCUUCCAUUCGUAAUGCAAAUAGUUCCAUGAAUACAAUUUGUAUUUGUAAUUAUUCUGUGCAUACGUGGAUAGUGCAUGUUACCCAUGGAUUGUGCUGGAGUUGGGAACUUCAUCCAGUGGUGUCAAUUUUAUAAGAUUAGUUCUUUUGAAUUGAAUCUUACUCUUUGAUUUUAGUGAUUUUGUCUGAAAUUGUCUAAUCAGGUUUGAUAUCAUAUAAGUUCUAUUACUAUACCA